AUGUCCAUCGACUUUCCCAAGGAGGAGGAGGCCAUCCUUCAGCGAUGGAGAGACAUCAACGCUUUCCACCGUCAGUUGGAACUGUCCGAAGGCCGGCCGCCUUAUACCUUCUAUGACGGCCCUCCGUUCGCUACCGGUCUCCCCCACUACGGUCACUUGUUGGCGUCCACCAUCAAGGACAUUAUCCCGAGAUAUUGGUCCAUGAAGGGCUUCCACGUCGAGCGAAGAUUCGGAUGGGAUACUCACGGACUUCCCAUUGAGCACGAGAUUGACAAGAAGCUGGGAAUCUCCGGAAAGGCCGCUGUGGAGAAGAUCGGAAUUGCAAAGUACAACGAAGAAUGCCGUUCCAUUGUCAUGCGAUAUGCUGCGGAAUGGCGCACCACCAUUGAACGUUUGGGACGAUGGAUCGACUUCGAUAACGAUUACAAGACCAUGGACCCAACCUUCAUGGAAUCCCUGUGGUGGGUUUUCAAGCAGUUGCACGAAAAGGGCCAAGUGUACCAGGGCUACCGAGUUAUGCCUUACUCGACGGUCUUGACCACUGCCCUUAGCAACUUUGAGGCAAACCAAAACUAUCAAGACGUUACCGAUCCCGCAGUUGUCGUAUCGUUCCCUUUGGUCGACGAUCCCGAGACUCACCUUUUGGCAUGGACGACUACGCCGUGGACUCUGCCAUCACACACCGGCCUCGCCGCCCACCCAGACUUCGAAUAUCUCAAGAUCAAAGAUGGCAAGACUGGAAAGAACUUUAUCAUCCUGGAGAAUCUUCUUACUACUCUUUACAAAGACCCCAAAAAGGCUGAUUUCCAAAGACUCGGCAAGAUCAAGGGAUCAGAGAUGCUUGGGUGGAAGUACAAGCCUUUGUUUGACUACUUCUAUGAGGAUUUUAAGGACGUAGGAUUCAAAGUUUUGAAUGCCACCUAUGUCACGGCGGAUAGCGGUACAGGAAUUGUGCAUCAAGCACCAGCUUUCGGAGAGGACGAUUACAAUGUGGCUCUUGAGGCCGGUGUCAUCAGCGAAAGCCGUCCCCCUCCAGAUCCUCUCAAUGAUACUGCUCACUUCACUGACCGUGUCCCUGACUUUGCUGGAAUGCAUGUCAAAGAGGCCGACAAGCACAUCAUCAAGCACCUCAAGCAGGCUGGCCGACUCAUUGCUGAAUCUCAGCUUCGUCACUCGUAUCCCAUGUGCCCACGAUCCGAUACGCCCCUUAUCUACAGGGCUGUGCCAUCAUGGUUCAUCCGUAUCCCGGAAGUUAUUCCAAGCAUGCUCAAGAACAUUGAGGAUUCUCAUUGGGUUCCAUCAUUCGUGAAGGAGCGCCGAUUCGCGAGCUGGAUCCAGAACGCUCGAGACUGGAACGUUGGACGAAAUCGUUACUGGGGUACGCCGAUCCCGCUCUGGGUGAGUGACGAUAUGGAAGAGCGCGUUUGCGUCGGAAGCGUUGAGGAGCUCCGAGAGCUCAGUGGCUACACUGGGGAGCUGAGUGACAUUCACCGAGACAAGGUCGAUCACAUCACCAUCCCUAGCAAAAUGGGCAAGGGCACCCUGAAGCGUGUGACCGAGGUUUUCGACUGCUGGUUCGAAUCAGGCAGCAUGCCCUAUGCCAGUCAACACUAUCCGUUCGAGAAUGUUGAAAAGUUCAAGGCCUCGUUUCCCGGAGAUUUCAUCGCCGAAGGCCUGGAUCAAACACGGGGCUGGUUCUAUACCUUGCUGGUACUGGGCACACACUUGUUUGGCACUUCACCAUUCAAGAACUGUGUUGUGAAUGGUAUCGUUCUGGCUGAGGACGGAAAGAAGAUGUCAAAGCGAUUGAAAAACUACCCGGACCCCAGUAUCGUCAUGACCAAAUACGGAUCCGAUGCCCUAAGACUCUAUCUUAUCAACUCCCCCGUCGUGCGAGCAGAGCCGUUGAGAUUCAAGGAGACUGGAGUGAGGGAGGUCGUUCAAAAGGUCCUCCUGCCCCUGUGGAACAGUUACAAGUUCUUUGAGGGCCAGGUUGCGCUCCUAAAGAAGGUUGAGGGAGUGGACUACAAGUGGAACACGGAGCUGGAAACCACAAACACUAACGUAAUGGACAAAUGGAUUCUGGCCAGCUGCCAGAGUUUGCUACAAUUUGUUAACGAAGAGAUGAAGGGAUACCGACUGUAUACCGUGGUCCCUCGACUCCUCGAGCUCAUUGACAACACCACCAACUGGUAUAUUCGAUUUAACCGACGCCGUCUCAAGGGAGAAAACGGCCUCAAUGAUACCCUGCAUGCUCUCAACUCCCUCUUUGAGGUGCUUUUCACUCUGUGCAGAGGAUUGGCCCCCUUCACGCCUUUCCUGUCCGAUACCAUCUACCUGAAGCUUCUGCAGCACAUUCCCAAAGAACUGCAGGCCGAAGAUGCUCGGAGUGUUCACUUCCUGCCGUUCCCUGAGGUUAAGCAAGAGCUGUUCGAUGCCGAAGUUGAGCGUAGAGUAUCAAGAAUGCAGCGAGUCAUUGAGCUGGCACGUGUCUCUCGAGAGCGCAGAGCCAUUGGCCUCAAGACGCCCCUUCGAACAUUGGUCGUCAUUCACCGCGACCAACAAUAUCUCGAUGACAUUAAGUCGCUCGAAUCCUACAUCACCGAAGAACUUAACGUUAGAGACUUGGUACUUACUGGAGACGAAGAAAAAUACAAUGUGCAAUACAGUGUGACGGCUGAUUGGCCGGUGCUUGGCAAGAAGCUCAAGAAGGAUAUGGCUCGUGUCAAGAAGGCCCUGCCCGGCUUGACCAGUGAGCAAGCGCAGAGCUAUCUCACCGAAAAGUUCAUCAUUGUUGAUGGCAUCCGUCUAGAGGAAGGAGAUCUUGUUGUCCGCCGAAGCGUCAAGGAGGAUGAGGCUUCCAAGAUGCUGGAGAUCAACACUGACAGCGAUUUGUUGACCAUUUUGGAUUCGGAGAUUCACCCUGAGUUGGCUCAGGAAGGAUUGGCUAGAGAGAUCAUCAACAGGGUCCAGCGCCUGCGCAAGAAGGCCGGCUUGCAGCCCACCGACGACAUCAAGAUGGAAUACAAGGUCUUGUCAGAUCCUGACAAUAUCGGACUGGAGGAGGCGAUUGUUUCUCAGGCAUCCGCUUUCGAGAAGGUCCUUCGACGCCCAGUUGAGAAGCACCAGGAGGGAGCCGCCAAUGAGCUCAUUGCCGAGGAGGAACAAGAGGUUCAGCAGGCCACUCUUUUGCUGAGACUUGUAAAGCUCUAA